GUAUUAUUGAAGGUUGAAUGUUGAAUAGUCUUUGAGGCUUCUGGCUUUCUUUUUGUUUUCUUUUUUUAAUUUCCCACCGAUCAGAUUUUUCUCCCAAAUUCACAUAUUUCCGAUCAUCUUCUCCGAUUCUCAAUUCCAUGGCCAGAGGCGCUUCUCAAUCCCAAUCCUCAACCUCCUCUGGCUCUACUGCUAGACCUGGCGUUGUCGCUCCUCGCGGCUCUGCGGCGGCCACUGCUGGCCUCCGUCGCCGCCGUCCUGGCUCUACUUCUGCCUCCGCCUCUACUGGACUCGUAGGCGGCGGAUCAAGCGGCGGCGGUAACAUGCUGAGAUUCUACACCGACGAUGCUCCAGGCUUAAAGAUUUCUCCCACCGUCGUCCUCGUUAUGAGCCUCUGCUUCAUCGGCUUCGUCACUGGCCUCCACGUCUUUGGUAAGCUCUACCGUGCACGAUCCGCCGCUGGUGUUUAAUUCUAUGCUGAGUUCGUUUACCGUGCCUUUUCCCUUCCCGAUCUUUUCGUUUCCUAGAUUAAAUGUUCAAGUUUCUCUGUAAAUUUCACAAUCGUUUUACUUUCUUGAGUUUUCAAUUCCAUCACGGUUGUGGACGUAUCAAAAGGAACGAGGUCGUUCUCUUUAGCUGAUAAUUUCUCUUUGGAUCAAUCUAGUUCUUGUGAAUGAUGCGGAUUGCAGAGUUUUUUCCUUUUUGUCUGUGUAUUGAGUUAAUCUCACUCAAAAUUGUGCUUUUAUAUGGUAUGAUGAUUAGCUAUUUCUUCUC